CCUGCCUCAGACUGAGUUUCCUGACUGGCUUCACCAUGAAGGGGUUGCUGGUUCUGAGCGCUGUGCUGCUGGCUGUCUUUGCCAAGGAGGACUUUACGGGGCACCAGGUGCUCCGAAUCUCAGCAGUCGAUGAGGCUCAGGUAAAGAAGGUGAGGGAGCUGGAGGAGCUGGAACAUCUUCAGCUGGACUUCUGGCGUGGCCCCUCCCAACCCUCCAACCCCAUCGAUGUUCGUGUGCCUUUCCCCAGCGUCCAGGCUGUCAAAAUGUUCCUGGAGUCCAAUGACAUCAAGUAUUCUGUCAUGAUUAAGGAUGUGCAGCUGCUCCUGAAUGCUGAGAAGGAACAGAUGUUUGCCUUCCGGUCAAGGGCAGCCUCCACAGACACCUUCAAUUACGCCAUUUACCACAAUCUGGAUGAGAUCUAUGAAUUUAUUGAUCUGCUGGUGGCUGAAAAUCCAACCCUUGUCAGUAAGAUUCAAAUUGGCAACAGCUACGAGGGCCGCCCCAUCUAUGUGCUGAAGUUUAGUACUGGGGGAAACAAUCGCCCUGCCAUCUGGAUCGACACUGGCAUCCAUUCCCGGGAAUGGGUCACCCAGGCCAGUGGAGUUUGGUUUGCUAAGAAGAUCACUGAAGACUACGGCAAAGAAGAGAAGCUCACCGCCAUCCUGGAUUCUUUGGACAUCUUCCUAGAGAUUGUCACCAACCCUGAUGGUUUUGUCUAUACCCACUCCACGAACCGCCUUUGGCGUAAGACCAGGUCCAUCACACCUGGAUCCAUUUGUGUUGGUGUGGACCCCAAUAGGAACUGGGAUGCUGGCUUUGGAGCGAGUGGAGCCAGCAGCAACCCCUGUUCAGAGACUUACCACGGCAAGUAUGCCACCUCAGAAGUGGAGGUCAAGUCCAUUGUCGACUUUGUGAAGAGCCAUGGGAACAUCAAGGCUUUCAUUUCCAUCCAUAGCUACUCUCAGCUUCUCCUCUACCCCUAUGGGUAUACCACUACUCGGGCUGCCGACCAGCAAGAGCUGGAUGAUCUGGCCAAGGCUGCGGUGAAAAACCUGUCUUCUCUGUAUGGGACCAAGUAUAAGUAUGGUAGCAUCAUCACCACUAUCUACCAAGCCAGCGGUGGCACCAUUGACUGGACCUACAACCAAGGCAUCAAGUACUCUUUUACCUUCGAGCUCCGGGACACUGGAUCAUAUGGUUUCCUACUUCCUGCCAAACAGAUAAUCCCUACAGCCCAGGAGACCUGGCUGGGUCUUAUAACCAUUAUGGAUUAUACCCUGAAACACCCCUAUUGAGUCAGUCUUGGUGCCUGAUCUGGGCUCAAGACCUCCUCCAUUGUGGCCCCUAGCACUGGAACCAAAUAAAGUGACUCAGAAUUGAAAGUUUCA